AUGACGACGGCCGUUAUGGUCAGCGAUUUUGCCCCUGGCCAUCGUCGUCGUCUCGAGAACAUCGGUAUGAAUUGUGCUCGUUGUUUAGCAGAAAAACAGCGAGCAGUCAUAGCACGAGCGAUCGCCGGCUAUCAAGCGAAGACGUGCAUUAGAUUCGUUCCCAAGACUGCUCAAGAUCGAGAUUUUAUAGUCAUCUCAAAGCUAGGAUGGGUGAGUGGUUUCGAGAACUGCUAUGCCGAUUUUGCUCGUGUGGGCGGGCGACAGCAAGUGUCACUGGCAGGACGAAUGUAUCGACUAUGCGACGAUUGUUCACGAACUUAUGCACGUGAUCGCGGCCGUAUGACGACGGCGUUAUGGUCAGCGAUUUUGCCCCUGGCCAUCGUCGUCGUCUCGAGAACAUCGGGUCAAUUAACGUACCUUACUGCUCAAGACUUCCGCAAUGCCGCUCUGCUCCCACCAAUCAGCCAACGGAUGAGACCUCUCUACAACGAUCAGCGCAGAAAAACAGCGAGCAGUCAUAGCACGAGCGAUCGCCGGCUAUCAAGCGAAGACGUUUCAUUCACGAGCAUCAACGAGAAGAUCGCGAUGGUUACGUCAACAUUCUAUACCAGAAUAUCCUUCCUGAGCAGCGACUCGAUUUUUGACAAGCUUUCUACGCUGGAUCUCACCUAUUACGGUGAGACAUACGACUACCUCUCAAUUAUGCACUACGAGAAAAACGAAGGUAGUCGGAAUGGAGAAAACACGAUUGAGGCGAAAGGAUGCUCGAUACAUGAAUCUGAUGGGCAAAAGCACCGACUUCUCAGAGUCUGA